UCUAUGGAUGAUGCACUGAUCGUAGACCACUUUUAAUUUCGUUGUACCUGCGACAAUGACAGUAAAGACAUUCUGAAUCUAACUGACCAGCCAACAGUCCACAGCAAUGUUUACAAGCACAUAUGAAGGGAAAUGUAUAUCCUUCUAUAACUGAACAGCUACAUCCGGGUAGUGUUUUGCAUUUUCCUUGGCAAAAAAAAUCUAACAGACCCUUUUUUGAUUUCUGACUUGUUCAUUUAUCCCUACAGAGAUAUGGAAACCGUGUUUGUUUUUCCCUGUUAUUGUUUUGAAUAGACUGUUAAAGCUCGAGUUUUACUAUCAGGUUUUGCUCUGUUGAUCCAGUGGAUAAUUGAUUGAGCCACAGGCUCAUGGGGUCCUGUCACUCGCUGGGCUGAGCGCCUGGCUGAGGGCUGACAGACUCAGGCUACACGUGAUGGUCGGUGCGCGUCACCGAAGCGCUGUCGCUCGCCUGGAGACUGGAGCAGGGCUGACUGACACUGUGUGCAGCAGGCUACUGUAAAUAAAGAAUAAAAGCCCAACAAACUAACAGGGAACAAAUAAGCAAGCUAGGAAUUAUCGAGUCAGCUGACUCUAGUUUUUUUCUCUCUCAUUCAUUCGCCGAGUUGUCUCUCAGGGUGUUUUUUUUUCUCCAGAUUUGAACGUGCCAAGUAAAGGGAACGCAAAACAUGGCUGGUUUGAUGGCAGGUUACGGUCAUUACACCCACGCCGUCGUCCGGGGAAUCCCUGCGUCCCUGGCCAAAGAAGCGCUUCGGAGCAGCCAGACAGAGGUGGACCUGGCCAAGGCGGUGAAGGAGCACGAGGCAUACGUCGAGGUCCUGAGGACGAGGCUCGGGCUGGAGGUGGUCGAGCUCCCCGCGGACGAGUCACUCCCGGACUGCGUGUUCGUGGAGGACGCGGCCGUGGUGUGCGGUGACACGGCGCUCAUCACCAGACCCGGGGCUGAGAGCAGGAGAGGAGAGACGGAGGCAAUGAAAGGGGCUCUGAAGGAUUUAAAUCUGAACAUUGUGGAAAUGACUGAUGAGAAUGCGACACUGGAUGGAGGAGAUGUCCUUUUUACGGGUCGAGAGUUCUUCGUGGGACUUUCCAAACGGACCAAUCAGAGAGGAGCAGAGAUCUUAGCAGAUGCAUUUAAGGACUAUGCCGUUUCCACUGUGCCUGUGCUCGACGGCCUGCACCUGAAGAGCUUCUGCAGCAUGGGAGGACCAGGCCUUAUUGUAAUCGGCUCCAGUGAACCAGCACAGAAAGCCCUCAAAGUGUUUGAGAAGCUGAAGGACCACAUGCUGAUACCCGUGUCCAACUUGGAGAAGGUCAAAGUGGAUGGAGCCCUGACAUGUUGCUCUGUCCUCAUCAACAAGAAGGCCAACAUCUGAGCGGGGUCACUAGGGGUCUCUCAGUGCAUGGUAACCAAGCGGAGCCUUUAACUAAUCACCAUGGAUCCCAAGGUUUGACUGUCCUGGUAUACAGAGGAGGUGUAGGGAAGUUUAAUGUUGCUGAGGGGCAAAGGGAGUAAUGUCUACCCUUUCACUCCAAAACACUAAAAUAACAUUAAAAAUGUGAAAGAAUAGUUCAGUUGAUUUAAAAUACAAUAUGUUUGUCACAUUUUCUCCUUAUUAAUUAAUUUGUAAUUUUCCAAUAGCAUAUGCUGCUUCACUUGUCUACAAGCUGUUGUCAUUAAUUAUAAGUGUAUCUGAUAAAGACCUGAUCCCAGAUCAGAUUAGUCAGCCAUGUUGAAUUUCCCCUUUAACCUGCACAGCAGCAACUGCUCAUUAGUAGAACCACACUUACUUACUGUCCAGUGUUUACAACUCUUUAAAAGAACCACACAGAACAGAGCGCUGGCGACAGACCCAGUGGGACCUGUCAGCUGUUGUCUCUGUAUAGUCUUACCAACAUUUGACUUCAGAUGUAUUAAUAAUUCAACUAAUUCAGACAUCAUUUGGGUACAAAAAAAGAUACAAUUGAUGUGCAUUGUUUAUGUUCACCCUUUUAACUGUGAUUUCAUCUUUCUGCGUGUUUGCUUAUGUAAUGAAUUGUACACUAAUUCUUCAAGAACUAUGUUUUGGAGCAAGUCCUGCUACGAUGUGAUAUAAAAUCUCAAUGUGAUUGUUGCAGUUACAUUUUUUUCCUCUUGUAUGUUGAAUUGCUUCUAUUCCUUUACAAGUGGUGCUAAAACAAACUUCCAAAACCAUAACAUUGCUUAUUAAUUCAAAAAGAUAUUUUGAAUUCUUAUUCUGAAAGUACAGUUCUUAAAAUACUUGAAAAGCCUUGUGGAGAUGUGAGAUUGUGGUGUGAUUACAGUGAUUUUUUUUUUGCAUUAUAACUUGUUUUUCAUUAAAGCCACCCGAUAGAGAAGCUACCAGCGACUGAAGAUUAUAUGUAAAAGAUGGAUGUCACCUCCCAAUCUGGGGAAAAAGAAAACAAAAAAAUAUUACGCUCGUGUGGAAGUGCCUUAAACCUGCAUUACUUAUAAUGGGCACCAGGGGGCGACACCUCUUGUUGCAAAACGAAGAAAAGAUCAUGGAUUGUAUGGAAGUCUACAAGAAAAUGAUCCUACUUUGCAUUUGUUGUAUGACUUCAGAAAACAUGGAUGAGUUUAUAGUCUCAGUCGGUGUCCAAUUAAAAAAAAAAUGCCAUCGUAUCGGCAUCAAUUAAAACAAUAUGGCAUUGUUUUAAUUGAUUUUCAAUGAUGAUCUAUUUAGGGUAAAACACAUAAAGGUAAAGAUGAAGAAGGCUAUUCUUUAGCGUCCAGUGUCACUUGUUUUUUGUUUUGUUUUAUUUAGUCAGAUCUACUCCUUGCUCGUCCAGGUUCAAAACAUUAAGAUGGCGAUGACAAAAAUGCUCCUUGCAAACCAAUGUGUAGCUGCAUCCAUCUUUUAUAUACAGUCUAUGGCAGUAACUGGUCAAGUGAUGCUAUAUUGCAGUGGUUUCGUAACAUUUUGUUGAUGUAAACAUUGUAUAAACAAAGAGGGGAUGACAGACAUGUAAGAAAUACUUUGUGUCAACCCGGCAGAGGUGGAAAAUGUCAUUAUUAAACUCUGAACUAGACUUUCAUUUACUCGAAUAGAACACCUCUGCUCCUUUUAAUCUACAAUACCUCUCUGGAAAAUCAAUGACUUCAAUCCUGCUGAAUGAUUCUGAAGGCACUGUAGUUUUCUCACAUCAUUAACUGUGCCAGUGUUGUUAAUUACUCUAUUUUUUCUUCUUUUUUUCCCCCUGAAUGGCAGUUUUCACUCCACUGUUGACUAAGAUCUUGCUGGGAAACUCUGUCUGUCUCACAGAAUCCAGUAGGACCAAACGUCACUGCAGUCAGAGUUUGUACUCAAAUACAGAACAAGCUGUUUGCUGUGUUUCCAUGUGUUGUGUCCCAGUAGGAGCUGAAAGGUUGAUCUGCCUCGGUGGCCUUAUUCCUGUUGUUGCUGAAUUCACGUUUUUAGGGCCUGUAAACAUGGCAACAUAGCAUACGUAAACACGUGUAUACUGUGUUACACCGUAUGUAUGUUAAAGCCCAUCAGAUUUCAAACCAUGUCAUUUCUCACUGUGAUUGCAAGUGAAAGUUAAGGAAAUGACAUCAUGAGGUGAGUCAACCUCCCUCCACAGACAUUUGUGUAUGGGCAAGUGGGCAGUGAUGAAACAUGGAAAGAAUUCUUGUUGGGAGGAGAGGCUUGUACGCCAGUAAACACUGACUCUUUUAAACUUUCUCUCUUUCUCUCAACUGUCUCCCUCUCAUAGCUCGCUUUUCUCCCACCCUCUGCGAUUGCCUCAUAGACGAUUGUGGGCUAAUUUAUGGCCAUGAUAUCAUACAGUCUGGCGAACGCUGUAGAUGUGAUGGCCUGCCGUUAAAGUGCGACAGCAGUAUAUUUUACAGAAGGCGGCUGGCUGGAUGUGUGGUGAUAGCAUACAGUAGUUGCAGAGCCAUUUGUGAUUCUCAUACAGUGAGUGAUCCAGUCAUACACUGUCUGAUUAGUACUGUGUCAAGAGCUGGCAUUAUCUAAAAUCCUCAACCUCCCCGAGUGACACCAAAAUAUUCAAUAAAUGUCUGAAUGAACAUUUAAAGCAGUUCUUGCUUUUUGAA